GAAAAAAGUACUAAACAGUAAAGAAAUGUAGAGAAACAGGUGUUUGGUUGAAAAUCGAGUGAUCCAAGAAAGGAACUCGUUCGUACCGUAACACGCAAACUCAAUAAAUAUAUCUGAGAUUCAAUCAGAACUCAUUACUCAACCGACGACGUGAAAUCAGGUAGAGAGAGUGAAAGAAAAUGGGUUGCUCUUUCUCCGGUUUAAAUGCAUUAUACGACUCCGUGAACGGAGGCGGUGAUGUUUGGAUCAACGAGAAUCGCUUCCGCAUCUUGAGACAGCUCGGAGAAGGCGGCUUCGCUUACGUUUACCUCGUCAAGGAAACUCCUAACGACUCUGCCGCCGGUGGCCUCGCCAAUAAACUCAAAGACUCCUCUCAUCUCUCCGAUGAUGGAUCUUAUGCUAUGAAAAAGGUUCUCAUUCAGAACAAUGAGCAGUUGGAGUUGGUCAGGGAGGAGAUACGUGUCUCAUCACUGUUUAGUCAUCCCAAUCUCCUGCCGCUUCUUGAUCAUGCAAUCAUUUCUGUUAAGCCUACUGCAGAAACAUCUUGGAGCCAUGAAGCAUACUUGUUAUUUCCGGUUCAUUUGGAUGGAACAUUGCUAGACAAUGCCAAAACAAUGAAAGCCAAGAAGGAGCACUAUUCUACCUCAGAUGUUCUUCAAAUAUUUCGGCAGCUCUGUGCAGGACUAAAGCACAUGCACAAUUUAGAUCCUCCAUAUGCACACAAUGAUGUCAAACCUGGUAAUGUUCUCCUAACACACAGAAAAGGACAAUCACCACUUGCCAUACUGAUGGAUUUUGGCAGUGCUCGCCCCGCAAGGAAGCAGAUUAGCUCCCGAUCAGAGGCACUCCAGUUGCAGGAAUGGGCAUCUGAACAUUGCUCUGCUCCUUUCCGAGCCCCCGAGCUGUGGGAUUGUCCCAGCCAUACUGAUAUAGACGAGAGGACUGAUGUUUGGUCACUAGGAUGCACAUUAUAUGCAAUAAUGUAUGGGGUAUCUCCAUUUGAAUAUGCACUCGGGGAGUCUGGUGGAAGUCUACAAUUGGCUAUUAUAAAUGCUCAGGUCAAAUGGCCAGCUGGACAUAAACCUUCAUAUCCAGACGCAUUUCAUCAGUUUGUGUCAUGGAUGCUUCAGCCCCAAACUAUGAGGCCCCGGAUAGACGAUAUCAUUAUCCAUGUUGAUAAGUUGAUUGCAAAGUUCUCUCAAUGAGUCACUAUAGAGAUAUAUCAAUGGAUCUAAAAGAAGUAAUAGUUCAUCGCCCCACAGAGUUAACAAUAUCUGUAUCUUUUUCAGUUUUGGUGAUAGUCUAGAUAGUCGGGCCUUGGGUUUAUUAAAAGAAUUGUUUAUCAUUUUCACAUAAUUUUAUCUCUUGUAAUUUAUGAAAUGGCCAAUCUCCCGUGUCUUCCUCAGAAUUUAUGCGCAUAAAUGAGACAUAAUUAUUUAUUCAA